AUGUUUACAUUGAAGGGUGAAGAUGUCAACCGGACACUUGAAGGUGGGAGGAAGCCUCUUCACUAUGCAGCAGACUGUGGACAACUUGAGAUUCUGGAGUUUCUGCUAUUGAAAGGAGCUGACAUUAAUGCUCCAGACAAACAUAAUAUCACACCACUCCUAUCAGCAGUCUACGAGGGCCAUGUUUCCUGUGUGAAAUUGCUUCUGUCAAAG